GCCGAUUUAGCUUCGCGUAUGCUGUUUUUCGUGGACUACCAACUCCAAGACUAAGAGUGGGGAAUUUUGCCUUACAAUCUCGCUAUAUGCACUCUAUGCCUUUACUGACCCGUAACUUAUAGUUAAUGGUUUGGUUAAUCCUUGCUAAAAUGCUUGUAACCAAGCGAGAUGUUGCGAUGCAACUUUGAGUCGUCCCCAACAGGCUCUUAGGGAAGCGUGACAUUCCGUGGUCUGGUUUGAGGAUGUAUUUAUAGAGGAUCUCUCAUUCCGCCUGGAUCUCUCCUGCCUUAGAUAGCCUUUCAACUUCACUUCGAAGUGCUGAAGUUGCCAACUGAAUAGACAAUAUGAGGUCGCAAAACCCGAGACGGGCCUCUUUACUCCUCGCACUCGUGGGACUUGGACCAGCAGCAAUACUCGCCCGAGAUAGCGCCUCAUUCUCCGUUAAGAUUCCCGCGCUAGAGGUAGUAGAUGCCUCAGACCCCAUUGAUCCCAGCUUCUGCGGCUUCGCCUUCGAACAAGCAUCCUUCGUCCGUUACGCCCAAGAUGACAACGGCAAACCCAACGCUUUCUCCAACAACCUCAUCAGGGCCGUCACAUCACGCACAGGCGGGGCCCCCAUCAUCCGGCUUGGCGGCACGUCUCCGGACUACGGGAGAUAUCUCCCGGGCCAAGAGGAGCCGGCGCUGCCCGUCGCCGAGCAAGACAACUACCAGAACAUCGGGUUCACAACCAUCGGCCCUUCCUACUGGGCUCUGACGCGCAAUUUCCCAGGCGCCAAGUAUAUGGUGCAAGUCCCGCUCGCGACGACCAACGUCAGCGAAACGGUGGCGUGGGCGCAAUCGGCCGUGGAGGGCAUCGGGCUGGAGAAUAUCCACUCGAUCCAGCCCGGCAACGAGGCGGAUCUCUACGCAGACGACUUCUACGGCGAGGGCGGCAUCGAGCUGAAUCCCCCGGAGUACCAGGGCACGCUCACGAACGAGACGUACGUCGGCAACUGGACGAAAUACGUCGACGCGAUCCUCGCUGCCGUGGACUUACCUAAAGAUCGGCUGUUCUCGGCCUUCGACGUCGCCGCGCACGUGGGCGACGACGCGCACGAAGACGCGUAUGUCUUCGACGUAGAGACGUGCUUUAAACUAUGCAUCGACGCGCGGGGCAUCAUCAAGGACGUAUCGCACCACUACUACCAACGCCAGGCGGGUACGGCGGCCGAUCUCGCCUCCGGGCUUAUGAACACGACCACGACGCACAACCACCUAGACCAGUUCAGGCGACACGUCGAAUGGCUGAAGGAGAACCAGCCCGGGAUCCCGUUCGUCCUCAACGAGGUCGGCAACUCGCUUUUCCGGACGAACUCGUACGCGUUCCAAGCGCGCCUCGGCAGCGCCCUCUGGCAGGCCGACUUCUACCUGUACGCGGCGGCCGCGGUCGGCGUCGCCCGCGUCAAUUACCAGCAGAUCAUGCACGCGGGGUACGACCUGUGGCUGCCGGUCGCGAGCGCGGGGGUCGCGCCGCAGGUGUUCGCGAACUUCUACUCGCAGCCGUUCGUCGCGGAUUUCCUCGGAUGGCCAUCCGAUACUCAAAAGACCAGGACCGGGACCAGGGCUGCAAAGCUGGAUAUCACCGGCGAUAGCAGCGUUCCUCCGAACCUGGCUGUGUAUGCUGCUUACGAAGGCAACGAGGCGAGCAGGAUCGCGGUGACCAAUUUGGACUAUUGGAAUUUGACGUCGUCGGGUUGGGAGAGGCCGAGCGUUACGCUUCAGCUGCAGGUUCCGCGGGACGUGCAGGUGGUCACGGUGUAUCAUUUGAAUAGCCCCCUGGGCGCUGGUGCCGCUGCCGAUAGUAUUACGUAUGGAGGUAGCCAGUGGACGUACGAGAGUCUUGGGGAGGAAGUUAGGGAUGUGAGGAAUGAUACUGAGCAGAUUGCUGUUGAGAAUGGGGUUGUGGGGGUCACUGUACAGAGUAGUGAGGCAGUCCUCGUUUGGCUGUGAAGAUAUCAUAUAGGUUCGAAUUUCUAUUAGAGGUACCUAUAUAACCUGGGGUAAUGUUCAAUACAAAGACUUCUAUUUUUAUCACUUACUACGCUUCCCUUGCAAGCCAGUAUUGGAUGAGGCCUUGUUAGCACUUAUCAACCUCCGGGUAUCGUCUAAUAGAGACGAUUAUUCCAGACCCCUAUAAAGUAUUUUUCAGCCAUCCACGAUUAAACAUGUAUUUAUACCUAAAGCUUAGCCGUACC